CCAAUAAUAAGCCCCAGAAAAAGAAGGCAUUUCAAACUGAAUGGACAGAUAAGACUUGUGGACGUGCUCCUCGGACACUGAGCUCGGCCCAUUUGUCUGCCGGGGUUGAUCCUGCUCGAGAUUUAUCGACCGCAGACUAAGCUCAACAGAAAAAUACAGACAAAAUCAGAUUAAAGUGGAUAUUUGCUUCAGAGCAAAGCCAGAAAUGAGAAGAGGGAUGUUCUCUGUGCUUCUCCUGGUCGUUGGUUUGACCUCACGCUGUGGCCUGGUCUGCCGGGGUGAAGCGUUGCCUCUGAAUGAAGGUGUCGGCUCGGAACAGGUGGAAGCAUCCAGGCCUCCUCACCUUAUCUUCAUCAUGGUGGACGACCAGGGUUACGCAGACAUCGGCUACCACGGCUCAGACAUUCACACGCCUGUGCUGGACCAGCUGGCUGCAGACGGGGUCAAACUGGAAAACUAUUACGUCCAGCCGAUCUGCUCGCCCUCUCGCAGUCAGCUAAUGACGGGACGCUACCAGAUUCACACCGGACUCCAGCAUUCAAUCAUCCGCCCACGUCAGCCCCUCUGCCUGCCCCCGGACACUCCCACCCUCCCGGAGCGUCUGGUCGAGGCCGGGUACUCCACGCACAUGGUGGGUAAAUGGCACCUGGGCUUCUGCAGGCCAGGCUGCCUGCCCACGGGACGCGGGUUCCAGAGCUUCCUGGGCACGCUGACCGGCAGCGGAGACCACUUCUCUUAUCGGAGCUGUGACGGGGCGGAGGCUUGUGGGUUCGACCUCCAUGAUGGAGAGCGGCCCGCCUGGGAGAUGACGGGCAACUACUCCACUCUGCUUUACACAGAGAGAGUGAAGCAGAUACUGAGGAGCCACGACCCGCAUAAACCCCUCUUCCUCUAUCUGUCCCUUCAGGCCGCCCACACACCCUUACAGGCGCCAGAUCAGUUUCUGCAUCAGUAUGAUUCCCAGAGCAAUCGGCUCAGGCGUCACUACGCAGCCAUGCUGAGCUGUCUGGAUGACGGGGUUGGACAAGUGGUUCAGCAACUGAAGACCAGUGGCUUCUAUGAAAACUCAGUACUGAUCUACUCCUCUGAUAAUGGAGGGCAGCCGCUCUCUGGAGCGAGCAACUGGCCGCUGAGGGGAGGCAAAGGGACUUACUGGGAAGGCGGCAUCAGGGCCGUGGGCUUCGUCCAUAGUCCCCUCCUGAAGAGGAAGGGUGUGGUGAGCGGAGCGCUGAUGCACGUCUCUGACUGGUAUCCGACACUACUGGGGCUGGCAGGGGCCCAGCACUCCCACCUUGACCUCGACGGUCACGACGUGUGGGCCAGUAUCAGCGAGGGCCUUCCCUCUCCUCGCACUGAAAUCCUCUUCAACAUUGACCCGGUCUCCAGGAAGCCCGGAGAGCCAUAUGACAAGGCACUGGUGCUCAACGGGUUUGGGAUCUGGGACACGGCCGUGAGGGCUGCGAUAAGGGCCGGGGACUGGAAGCUAUUGACAGGAAAUGUGGGUGACGGGGACUGGAUACCACCACAGGCUCUCCCCGUCGGUCCAGAGCGGUGGCAGAGGCUGGAGAAACGGCGUAACAAGCUGGGGAAGUCAGUGUGGCUGUUCAACGUCUCCUCUGACCCCUACGAGAGGACGGACCUGGCAGAGGCUCGUCCAGAGGUGGUGAGACAUCUGAUGACCAGGUUGGCCGAGUACAACCAGACAGCUGUGACGGCCAUGAAUCCACCGGACGAUCCUAUGGCGGACCCCGAGCUCCAUGGAGGGGUAUGGGGCCCCUGGCUGGGCCUGGAGGGAGAGCGAGGGGACGGCGAGGAGGAGGACGGCAGGAAAGAAAAGAUGAUGAAGAUUAAACACUGCAAGUUAUGCAAAUUAAAAGCCCUCUUCAAAAAGGUGGGAUCACGUCUACACAGGAACACCCUGUUCUAA